GUCCUGAGUGUGCUUUGUCAGUUGACAUUUGCGAAAGAAAUAAAAUUUCCGAUAGUCAUAACAUUUCUAUUAACAAUCUCACUGUUGAUCAUCUCAAGCAACUGAUAUGGAAUAUUAUAAGGAAAUGGUGUGAUAUGGAAAAUGUCAAGGAUUACAAUGAAUUAGUACUUUGGAAAGUUGAAGUUCCUCAGGAAAACCUUAAUAAUUCUCUUACCAAAUCUGAAAUUGAACAGCUCGGAGGUAGGGAAAUGAGCACUAUUAGUAAGUUUAGGAAGUUUUUUCCAGAAGGACAUAUACCUCCAGAUGAAAAAAUCCACAUCAUUGUACAACCAUCCACCACUAGCCAAGAGUGUAUUAAUGUACAAAAUCAUGGUUAUCUGCCUCGGCAAGGUAUGCAUAAGCUACUUUUAAUCACUAUGUUUAUAUUUCUAACCACUGCUACUUUAUUAGAUGGUCUUGGUGGUACAAAGUUGCCUUAUUCUGCGAAUCAUGGAACUUUUGAGGGUGUAUCUCUUACCGACCCUGACAUUAGCUAUAGAUCCAAAGUUGUAUUUUCGUUGGUCAAAGAUCUUAUAAAAGAGAAGGUCAUACUUGUGCAAGCACCUCCCUACUCUGGAAAAACAUCAUUAGCCCAGCUUAUUGAGUAUCAUCUGGUUAACUCAUCUGAAUAUUCUUCAAAGUAUAGGAUAAUAAGAACUUCAAUGCUUUGGGGGUCGGUUGUGGGAGUGGAUUGCAGUUGGGAGACGUUUGGAGAGCUAUGGAAGAGAAUUACCAAUGUAAGUUGGAAUGAAUGGGUAGGACAGUGCCAACAGGCUCCAACGAUUUUAAUAUUAGACGAAGUUCAAUUGAUAUACAAACAAGGGCGUGGAAUUGACGAAAGUAAGAAAUCGAGCGCUGAUGAAUUUUGGAAAACUAUCAAGGGUUGUCUUCAAGAAAUGACAAACAUUUAUAUUAUUAUGUUUGGAGCAUACGGAUAUCAUAGUGCCAUUUCUGCAGGAUUUUUGAUUUCUGUUGAUAUACCACCAUCGAAAUGCAAAGGUCUUUUGGACAUCAUAUUUAACCACGAAGAGUUAAAAGAACAUGUUGAAAGGUUUUGCAAAAAAUAUCUCCCAUUAGACGAUCACAGUAUUUCAGAAUUUCAUAAAUAUAUUCGAAAGGUAACAGAGGGACAUGUGGGUUUGAUUGCUCACAUAUUGCGAUAUACAAAAGAUGCAAUGAUGCAACGGAUUCGUGAAAAUAAUUUGUCCUGGGAAGACAUAUUUGUGUACCUGAAUUCAAACUAUUUCAAUGAAACUAUCAACAAUUGCCGUGCUUCGCCCAGGAUUGAGGAUUUUUCUGGAGACGAACUGAAACUGUGCGAAAGUGUUUACCUACAUGGGGUUAUCCCCUACCGAACUGGUAAAAAGGUUAUGGCUUUAAUCAAAUCAGGUAUUAUUAUUAUUGAUGAAGAACAUAAUCUAAGAUUUUCAGCGCCUCUUGUUAUGCGAUCAUUCCUUAUGCAAUAUUAUGGCAAUGAAACCCCUUCUGUCACUAUCCCUACUUCAUUAUUUGAUUUUAUUGUGAAAGUUUUCACAGCAAUGAGUUUAGAAAGCAAUGAAUUAUUACAAAAAUUGCUUGGAUUUGGAUUAGAUGAAAGUGGAAUUUACCUUCUAGAACAAACAUGGCAAAAAGAAUUUUAUAGAAUUGGACAAUGUCAGCUUGGAAAUCGUUAUUUUUUAUCAUGUGAUGUAGGUGCUACUUUUAUAUGUGAUGGAUAUAUUGAUUUCUAUGUGGAUGAGUUAAACUGGGCGAUCAAAAUCUUAAGAGAAGGGAAAGGUAUGGCUGAGCAUCAUAGAAGGCUUGAACCUGCGGGAGAAUAUAGAGAGAUUGCUAAGUAUGCAAAGAGUAUAGCUAUUAUUGACAUUCACAGUGAAUUGAAAAAGGUUCGAAAACUGCAGAAGGAUUUUAUAUACGUGUCAUACUCCGAAGAUUAUCAUUCAUUUAAGAUAGAGAGUUUGAGUAAAGAUACAGUGUUUAUCAGGUUUUGA